CCGGCAUUUGCCAGUAAUGGUAACUGCAAUUUCCAGCGAAUGUUUCGGUUACGCCUCCUUAUAGCCAGAGAGAAGACAAAGACACACACAGAGCGAGAGACAGAUUCAGAGAGAGAGAGAGAGAGAAUUAGGUCUCAGUUUGCAGAAACUGAAACUCUUUCUCUCUCUUCCUCUUCGUUUCUGCAAAAACAAACAGCCCUCAUUUUUGUGCGCCUAUUGGAAAAUGUCGCCGGCGGAGCGAGCCUCGCCGGCAGAAACCGACGAAAUGAACGAGUCAUUCUUCGCCAAAAGAGGCUGCUGUUCAUGGAUUCCGUGCGUGGGACGAUCAGAGCGAGCCUCCUCCGCCGUCGGAUCGUCGUGGUGGGAGCGCAUACGGACGGCGGAGAUGAACGACGACGACAAGUGGUGGGUCCGGAGUUGGAGAAACUUCCGGGAGUGGUCCGAGAUCGUCGCCGGCCCGAAGUGGAAGACCUUCAUUCGCCGGUUCAACAAGAACCGGUUCAACAGGACGAAAUUCCAAUACGACCCCUAUAGUUACGCGCUGAAUUUCGACGAGGGUCCGGGGCAGAACGGUCAUUUGGAUGAGGAUUACUUGGGCCGCGAUUUCUCGUGCCGUUUCGCUUCCAUUCCGGCCUCCGCUAAAUCGUCUAUGGAUUUCGGAAAAGACGCGCCGGUGUUCAAGUGACACGCACGUGACGAUGCUUAAAUUUCGUUUCAGUUUUUUUCGGCGCGCCGUGUGGGAUAACGUGCGCAGGGUGCGGCGCCGAUUUUGGGGUGUGGUGUACGAGAAAAUCGUGGCGGUUGGUUGACUUCUUGGUUUAUAGUAAUUGGAUGGUGGUGUCGGCGACACGUGGCGGGAUAUUAUGUUUUAUGAAAGUUAAUAAUUUUUCAGUUUACCCUUCAGUGAAAUUGGUAAGAAAAGAAGGAUGUGCGUUGUACUUUUGAUUGUAAAUGUAGGAUUGUGACGAUGAAUUGUCCAAAUGUACCUGUGUUUGGUUUUGUGUUGUUUUUUCUUUUUUGUUUGUUACUAGAAACAAAAUUACAAUAGAGAUUAUUUGAGCCAAUUGAUUUUGGACACUUUAAUCAUAUAGUAAUUUAUUAUUUCAAUUAUAUUAUGUUGCUUCUGAA